AUGGCACAAUUCGCAGCGAGAAUGGUUUUUCGUAUGCCUAAUCAUCGGAUGGCUUUUCAACACGUCUGGUUCGAGUUCAGCGAUGACGGAUAUCUUUCUGCAUUUCUCUCCGAUGACGAGCUUACUGACAGUGGGGAUGAAAUUGAUAUUGGAGACGUUUGGUUUCCCGACAUUGGCUAUGUCAGUUGUGAUGAACUGUUCGAGACUGAUGAGGAAGACUACGUUUUGUGGCUUGAGAGAAUGCACAUUUUGAGUUUUGAGAAUCCCCUAUACGACGAAUUCCCAUACGAAGACACAGAAGAAGGUUCAAUCGAAGAUUUUGUGUCAUCGCUCUGGAGCCUUGAUCGCAUUGGUGAGGAUGCCGACCUUGAUGACAUCGUAUUGGAAGACUAUGAUUCGGGAGAGGAGGCUGAUGAUGAGAGUGGAGAGUCUGUUGAUUAA